UAGAAAGUCCGCCAUUUUGUGAGCUGAACAGGGUGGGGUGGGAGGCAGUCGUCGUUCCUGCUUUUCCUUCGAAGAACGAUAAUUUCACCCCGUUCUGUCCACACAAAACCGCCGGAAUCUCUUCUACUACGUCGGGAAGAUUUUCCUCGACCAAAAAUGUUGUCGGCGCCGAGGAAUUUGGGAUAUUUGGUUGUCCUUUUUCACGGUGUUGCAAUUACAUUGGCAGCCCCACAAGAAACAGAUGGAAGUGAGACAAACCGAGCCUACCAGGCUGCCUCUCCAGCCCAUCCUGACACUGUAAACCUGGCUGACACCAGCAGUCACCAUGUCAUGUCAUGGGAAAAGGGACAGGUGAAGUCUCCUUUAGACCUCGGUGUUGGACAGGAAGGGUUCGGCCAGGAGGAAGCGACUGCCAGUUUUUUACAUGGAGAUACUCCCAAUACCUGUCCAGAAGGCUGGUACUUCCACGCUCGCGUGGGCAGCUGUUACAAGGCCUUCCAGACCAAGAUGAACUACAGCCAGGCGCAGGAGACCUGCCAGCGCCAGGGCAGUUACCUAGCAACAAUCUCCAGCGACAACGAGCUGGGGUUCAUCAUCGAGCACAAGUGGGAGGACCUGCUGGCCCAGUCGCUGAUUCUGGAUGGGAUCUAUCAGAGGUUCUGGAUGGGGUAUCACUACGUCACACAGAACAAUGUGUCCUUCUGGAGGGUCACCAACACACAAGCAGAGGCCAACAGUGACUUCAACUUUAUCCAGAGCUUCAACCCUGUCCUGAUGUCGACCCAACAUGGUGACAUGCUGUGUGGACAGCUGCAGUAUCUUAGAAACGAGCUGUUCGGGGGCCUCUACCUCUGGAGCUGGUACGCCAUCAACUGUGAAAGUCUGUCAGCGUUUCUGUGUAAAAAAGAUCUUGCCAAGAUGAAGUGCAUUAACAGCAAGGGAGAGAAGGUAGCGGAGGGACAGGUGUUCACGCCCCAGGGUCACGACGCCUGCAUGACCUGUACCUGUCACAUGGGAGAGGCACAGAUGUGUAUCACCGCGCAGUGCGACCGGCCACAGAAGUGCACCAGCUACCAGAUGUCUCCAGACAAGUGCUGCGAGUUCACCUGUAUGGACCCCAGCGAGAACAACAACAGCAAUAACUACAAUGGUUCAGAGCUGAGCAUGACCCACGGGAUGCGGCUGGUGGUCAGCUGUCUCUCGUCCUUCCUGAUCCUGUCCCUGCUGCUGUUCCUGGUGUACCGACUCCGCCAGCGCAGACUAGAGGCCAUGUACGGGGGAAACCACUACAAUCGACGGAACAGAGCGUCUCGCCACGGAGCGCGCAGAACGAGAACCAACAUCCUCCCCGCCCACCUCUUCCGUCCUCCGCCUCUCUCCCCGUCCGGUGACCUGCACGUCGCCCUGCCUCCCUACGAUGAUCCACCUCCACCUUACAGCGCCAUCAAGCCUGUCCAACCCGUAUCACCGGGAGACAAGCCCCCCCCGUACGACAUGGCGAUCAUGUUCGACUCGGCGGCGUGCGCAGGGCCACCACCGAGGAACACGCCAGAUAACCCACUGGGGGAAAUCCAGAGCCCGCAGAGCGACAGCAGCCCACAGGCGGACAGCGAGACACAGCAGCUUGUCCGACAGCAGGAGCGGGAUUUGCGAAGAUCCGCCGCUGCUGCCAGCCAUCAUGACACCGCGUCAUCUCAGCGGUCCAGUCGGUGUAGCUCGCACAGAAGCUCCACAGCGUCACACACAUCCGCAGGGGAAGACACUGCAAGCAGAGCAACGAGAUCGGCAACUCGACGAUCAUCUCCAAGACACUCCUCGGCAAGUAACAGGAGUUCUCAGACAAGCUGUGAAGGCGCGUCUCCAACGGACAGUACCACAGAAUCUACGUUUGUCUAAAAGCAUUAUCGCAGCUAUCUAUGUUCUCUAUGUUAGUGGACCAGACUGUUUGUUGAUACAAUACUAUGGUAUCUGCUUCUCCAAGCUCUGUUCUGAUCCUUGUUACUUAUUUUGCUGUUGGCUUGCCCUUGUUACUUUGUAUUAUGUCAGAAAAUGGUUAAUUUGGAAGACCUUUUCAUCUUAUUUGUUAACUGUCCUUCUAGUUUGAUUUUUCUUCGUUUGUGAAAUGAGUCAUUAUGGACCAGACUACUAUAUAAAUGAUGAUGUCAAGCUCAGGAAUUUUCGCAGCUAUUAUUUUGAUAAGUAGCAAGCAAUCGAAAAAUAUUUGUUUUGUUUUGACCAUCUUGCUUUGUAGAAGUACCAACUCACUGCCACUGUACAGGUAUUACCAGAACUGUUGGUAUUGUACAGUUAAAACUAUGGAUAACCCACCAAGCAAAGAUAUUUACAAGUUAUGUAUCUUGAAGAUAGAAAAAGAAAAAUGUAACAAUCACACAUGUAAAUGUCUCCUAAGCUGUAAAUGUAAAUAAGGAGACAAAGAAGAGAAAAGACUUGAUUAGCUUCAUACUAUUUUGAGUUUUUGUACUUAAUAUUCUUCUUCUUGCAAUAGUUUUGUUUUUCAUGAAACUUAAAAUCAACUGAUUUACCAAAGGAUUCAGCUACCCUAGGAAGGUAAAAUUCUAAUAAAUGAAAAGUUGACUUGUAAAUAUUAACGACAGAUAAUAAGCAGAUAAUAUUACAUCAUAAAAUCAGGAUAAAUAAUUAUAUAGUACAAAUCAGGCAAACAGUAGCACCGUAUGUAAGAUACACAGUCGCUAGUAAGGAAAUAGUUACUCUUGUUCUCGACCAUAACCCUAGGUAACAACCAACGUGAUAAGUUACGUUCAAGUAACAAUAUAAAGAAUUUAUAUGGCUGAUUUUGUGUGCUUGAAUAUGUUUUGCAAUCUUGAUGUGCAGAAAAGCAAACUGUCAUGACAAAUUUUGAU